GUGCUUGAGGAGACUGAAGUCUAAACAGCGGUUCAGACUUAAGGGGACUGACAAGUUACGAUGGUGAGGGCUCCUCAUCCGUCUUUUCGUCGCCUUUCCCGGUUCUCUGGACGGAAGGAGCAGCUACGGGCCUGAGCCCACCUCUAUCUGCAUUUCCUCCUCACAGGUCAAAGCCCCACUCAGCAACUCAGCAGGACCCUAGCGUAGAUACUCCAAGGACAUUUUAACGUUUCCACAGCUAUUUCGGCCUUUUCUUUCCGAUUAAGGAAAUCCAGCGUGUUGCUCUCCAGCGCAAUGAUGUGGACAGAUUUAGUAAACAGGAGGAGCAGAAACUGCGGCUGCUUUCAUGCAGCCCACUCCCAGUGCUGAGGAUGUGUCUCUCCGUGUCAUUUUUGAAAACGUCGUUUUUCAAGCAGACGGAGGAGCGAGCGAACGGAAAUUGACCGCCGACUUUCGAUGCGCUCCGUUCGGCCAUGGCAUCGCUCAGGUCGGAGGCUGUCUCUUGCUGAAGAGACACAUCAGUGGAAGAAGGCCAUAAAAGCCAGAGGAGAGGCUGAUGAACUUUAAAUUGUGCUGCUGAGUGUGCUGGAGACAGAGGUGCACCGGGUUCAGGAACUUUCCAUGCAGCCUUCGGUGAUCUGAAGAGCCUCAUAUAGGAGCAUCCAGAAUCUCUCCUUUUCCCUUCUCCCCAUCCCUUCCCUCCACCCCUCCCUCCCUCCCCAUCCCCACCCCUGUUUCCUGGUCAUUUUUAUCCCUCCUCGUCCCCUCUUCCCCAAGAUUCCACCAUGCUCAUUAAAGAGUAUCGCAUCCCCAUGCCCAUGAGUGUGGAGGAGUACCGCAUUGCCCAGCUCUACAUGAUCCAGAAAAAGAGCAGAGAAGAGACCUGUGGGGAAGGAAGUGGGGUGGAGAUCCUGGAGAAUAAGCCCUACACAGAUGGACCUGGUGGGGCGGGUCAGUAUACGCACAAGGUCUACCACAUCGGCAUGCACAUUCCCAGCUGGUUCCGCUCCAUCCUGCCCAAAGCAGCAUUGAGGGUCGAAGAGGAGUCCUGGAAUGCCUACCCUUACACCCGAACAAGAUACACCUGUCCUUUUGUUGAGAAGUUCUCUAUUGACAUUGAGACCUACUACAAGCCCGACACAGGCGACCAAGCAGACGUCUUUAACUUAUCAGCCGCCGACAAGAGGCAAAGAACUAUCGACCCGAUCGACAUAGUGACAGAUCCCAUCCCCCCGCAUGAGUAUAAGGCAGAGGAGGACCCGAGGCUUUACAAGUCGGAGAAGACCCAGAGGGGGCCCCUGCAGGAUGACUGGAUAGAGGAAUACAACAACAACCCAGGGAAGACUCCCAUCAUGUGUGCCUACAAACUUUGCAAAGUGGAGUUUCGAUACUGGGGCAUGCAGUCCAAGAUUGAACGCUUCAUUCAUGAUGUUGGGCUGAGAAAGGUCAUGGUGCGUGCCCACCGGCAGGCCUGGUGCUGGCAGGAUGAGUGGUACGGUCUAACCAUUGAGAACAUCCGGCAGCUGGAGCUGGAAACCCAGCUAGCCUUAGCCACGAAGAUGGCCCAAUACUGCCAGGUGGAGGAGGCGACAGAAGCCAAUGGCAGUGCUCCAUCUCCAGACAAAGAGCAGGAGGCCAAAGAAGCAAUUAGCUCCAUUGAGGCUGACGAAACAGUCACUAGAUCAGUAGAGACUCUGCAGCCACGAGGUGUGCUCACCAAGCAGUGGUCCACCUCAUCCAGGUCCUCCCGCUCAUCCAAGAGAGGAGUGAGCCCAUCGCGUCACAGCAUCUCAGAAUGGAGGAUGCAGAGCAUAGCGCGGGACUCGGAUGACAGCUCGGACGAAGAAUUCUUUGACGCUCAUGAGGAUCUCUCAGAUGGUGAGGAGGUUUUCCCAAAGGAAAUCGCCAAAUGGAACUCCAACGACCUCAUAGACAAGAUCGAAGCUGCAGACACAGAGGAAAUGGCUGAGAGCUUUAAGGAAAUGAGCGUUGAUUAUGAAAGAGCAGCGAGUGAGGAGAGGCUGGAUGAGAUGCGUGACUCUCUUAGUGGUCAAGCCGAUAGCUCUCCCAUUCCCACCAUCACGGUAACAAGGCACCAGUCAGAGAGCUCGUCUCAGCAGUGCCUUCAGCCUUCCAAGAUCCACGUACUGAUUCUGGUUCUGCAUGGAGGGAACAUCCUGGAUACGGGCGGAGGAGACCAGAACAGCAAGCAGGCCGACGUCAACACCAUCAGUACAGCUUUUGACACAGUCAUGCGUGUUCACUACCCUGCUGCGCUGGGACACAUCGCCAUCCGCUUGGUGCCCUGCCCUGCCAUCUGUGCCGAGGCCUUCUCUCUAGUCUCUAACCUGAGCCCUUAUAGCUAUGAUGAGGGCUGUCUGUCCAGCAGCCAGGACCACAUCCCACUGGCUGCGCUGCCUCUGCUGGCCACCUCAUCUCCACAGUACCAGGAUGCUGUGGCCACUGUCAUUGUCCGUGCCAACCAGGUGUAUGCUGACUUCAUCAAGUCUCUGGGUGGAGCAGCCUUCACUGGCCAGGUUUGUCUCAUUGGGGACUGCGUGGGAGGAAUAUUGGGAUUUGAUGCUCUCUGUCACAGCUCCCCUGCCGUAAAUGAAAGCCAGAACAGCAGCCGCAGGGGCAGUGUCAUCAGCGUGCAGGACCAAGACCUUCUCUCUCCAGGGAUCAUUGUCAACAGUGGACAUGGAUCCUCUUCUCCAACCCUGGAGGGCAGCCGCCACCUCAGUCGCAGUAACAUUGAUAUUCCUCGUGCCACUUCAAGCGAUGAGACCAAGAGGCAGCUGCCACGCAAGAGAAGUGACUCCUCCACCUACGAGAUGGACACAAUUAAACAGCACCAAGCUUUUUUGUCAAGCUUGCACUCUAGCGUCCUUCGGAAUGACGCAGUGUCCCGCAGGUCCAGCAGCAGCACCAUGCUGGACGGAAGCUCCCUGGGGAAGUUCGACUUUGAAGUGGCGGACGUUUUCCUCUUUGGGUCUCCCUUGGGCUUGGUGCUGGCUUUGAGGAAAACUGUAAUCCCUAUGCUGGAUGUGGCCCAGCUGAGGCCGGCCUGUCAGCAGGUCUAUAACUUGUUCCACCCAGCUGAUCCCUCUGCCUCCCGCCUGGAGCCUCUAUUGGAGAGGAAAUUUCACCUCCUCCCCCCCUUUAGUGUCCCCCGUUACCAACGCUUCCCCCUGGGAGACGGAAACUCGACCUUACUGGUGGAGACAGUCCAGAGCAACGCUCAGCUGCUACUUGAUAGCGGGCCCCCCCUGUCCUUCCGCUGUCAGGAGACCAUCAGUGAGACCUGCAUUCCUGUUCCCGUGCUAAACUGGCAGGACAGCUCCCUGAGAGCAACACCCACCACCUUUGAGUCGGAUGUUGUUCAGUCUCAUGGUGGUGUCUUCAUGGACAGUUCGUACCCUUCAUCUCCCAUAAUGGGCCCCGUCUCCCGGGGCCAACGGAGGGCCAGUGAGAUCAGCAUUGCCAGCCAGGUCUCAGGAAUGGCAGACAGUUUCACUGCCACCAGCAUAGCCAACACCAAAUCAGAGCAGAUUAACCAACCCAGUAGGCUCAGUCUGUUGUCCCAACUUGCCCUAACACCCAUAAACAAAUUCAAGCCGAAAAAUCCACCAAAGUCCCAUAAAAAAGCUGAGGCUGAUCCAGCUGCAGGACCUCCUGACGAAGACCCGGGUCCGGACCAGGAUGUUGAGACAGACUCAAGCGAAUGUCUAAGUUUCACCUCAGAUUACAGGGACAGGCUGUCGCCUGGCCUGGACUGUGCUAUAUGUGAUCUUGUGUCACUGGACUCCCAAGCUGAAGUUGAUCAAGUUGCAGCACGUUGGUGGGGCACAAAGCGUCUGGACUUUGCUCUGUACUGCCCCGAUGCUCUGACCGCCUUUCCAACAGUGGCUUUACCACACCUCUUCCAUGCUUCCUACUGGGAAUCCACAGAUGUUGUGUCUUUCCUCCUGAGACAGGUUAUGAGGCAUGAAAAUUCAAGCAUCCUGGAGCUGGACGGGAAAGAAGUGUCUGAAUUUACUCCUUCUAAACCCCGGGAAAAGUGGCUCCGCAAGAGGACUCACGUCAAGAUCAGGAACGUGACUGCCAACCAUCGUGUGAACGACUCUGUGUUCACCGAAGACAGCCAGCAGGUCAUCACAGGCCGCUUCUUGUACGGCCCUCUGGACAUGGUGACUCUAGCCGGGGAGAAGGUCGACCUUCACAUCAUGACCCAGCCUCCAUCAGGAGAAUGGGUGUACUUCGACACACAAGUGACUCAGAGCAGCGGCCGUGUUUCUUUUACCAUCCCUGAGAACAAGCGCCUAGGCAUCGGAGUCUACCCUGUAAAAAUGGUUGUCAGGGGCGACCACACCUUUGCAGACAGCUACCUGACCGUCGUACCUCGAGGCACUGAGUUUGUAGUGUUCAGCAUCGACGGGUCGUUCGCUGCCAGCGUGUCAAUCAUGGGUAGCGACCCCAAAGUGAGGGCAGGGGCUGUGGACGUGGUCAGGCACUGGCAGGAUCUAGGUUAUUUGAUCAUCUAUGUAACGGGACGUCCAGACAUGCAGAAGCAGCGGGUGGUGGCCUGGUUGUCUCAGCACAACUUCCCACACGGCAUCGUCUCUUUCUGUGACGGAUUGGUCCAUGACCCUCGUAGACACAAGGCCAACUUCCUCAAAACCCUGACAGAGUCUAACAUGAAGAUCUUUGCUGGAUAUGGAUCAACCAAAGACAUCUGUGUCUACACCUCCAUCGGCCUUUCUCCAUCUCAGAUAUACAUCGUCGGCAGACCCUCCAAGAAGAUGCAGAACCUGUGCCAGUUUAUCACAGAAGGGUAUGCGGCACAUUUGUCCCAGCUGGAAUACAACCAACGCGCUCGGCCCGCCAAGACCAGCAGCGCACGGAUGGUUCUGCGCAAGGGAAGCUUCGGCCUGGGCGCAAACAGCGACUUCCUUAGGAAAAGAAACCACCUGCUGCGCACCAUCUCCUCCCAGCCAGCCCCCAGCUCCCCCACGGGCCACAACAGGCCCGAGCGCACACAGAGCCAGUCGGACAGCGAGCGGCUUGAGCGCGAGCGGCUGGAGCGGACCCAUAGCCAGGGCGCGGGAGCAACGCAGCGCAGCAUGAGCAUUACAGCGAGCUGCUGGGGGCGCAGCGGCAGCACCAAGCUGGAGCCAUUCCCUUUCAACCCCAAAUGAGAAUUCAAUGGCGGAAGAAGGCAAAGAGUGAAAAAGCUGCUAGUUUGAACCAAGUGGGCUGGAACACCACAGGGGGAUUGGUGCUACAGACCACUUAUCGGCUACUAAAGGACUUCACUGCAAGCUGUUUGGUUUUUUUUCCGUCUGAAACAUGUUACACAAACAGGAAUAAAUAAUGCUUUAGGAACCUAAAAGGUUUCUUCUGUUCAGCUAAUAUCAGGUCAGAAUUCCUCCAACAGGCUGUUAAAGAGAACAGGGUCCCACAGUUAAGCAGCUUCACUGAUUACAGCAGCGCAGAUGACAGAUACGGCCAAAGCCAGCAACAGGCACCAACUUUCUGUGUUGGACAUCUUGGUAUAAACCCUUCUAUUCAGUUGUAAAUGUUUAAAAACAGCUGACACUUGAUUUACAUUGAACUGAGUCCAUUUAUAGGAAAAAGAAACAGUGUUUAUCAUCUAUCAACAAUUUAUAGGAAAAUUAAUCUAAGCAAAACAGAAAUUAUUCAACCAAGACUUAAAGUGGCAGUUUUCCUCCAAUACAAGGAGAAAACUCCGGACUGAGCCUUUAGUUAUGGUUCCAGCUGGGUUUUUACUGCACCUGAUCCAACUUUAGAAUAAACUACUGUACAGCCAAGGUGCCAAAGUGAGCAGCGUUGAAGCGUACGCUGCAUCGAGGCACAGAGGAUCACAUAAGGGUCUCCUGUGUGUUUAACAUUGGAAUAAAUCCUGUAAGUAUAUCAUUAAAGGCCUGAAUGAGGCCUGUACAUAAUUGUUACAUCACAGUGCAGAUCUGGUAUCUGGUCCACUGAAGGCCAGUUUAAAGUGUCUUCUUUACUAUGAGGGUGAAACAAUUGAUAAUCAUUGUUAUUUAAUUAUAUGGCUGUGUUAUAAAUUAUCUUUUUUUUUUUGUGAACAAAAAGUUGUUUUGAGAUUAUUAUUUUUUUGCCAUGUUAUCUAUUUUCUCUUUAAACUUGAGUUUCAGCAGCCAAAGGUGCAGGAAUCCUUGCCUUGCACAGUAUUGUAUUAAUCAUUUCAACUUGCAGAUCACUGGAGUUGUAUCAGAGCUGUUAUCUUGUGUCAUAUACUGUAAGGUAUGUUAAAUAUUGGACAUUUUUUGGAAAUUUUGGAGUUUUUCCCCCGCUCUGAUUAUUACUGAGCUGUAAAUUAGGCGUUGAAUGUUCUUGAUUACUCUUCCCUACGUUACGGUUUCCCUCUCUGCUGCACCUUUACUGGAAGACGAGGCACCAGAUGUAAAUUCUGUACAAUACGUUAUGGAAACGAUGAACGCAGAGCCGAGACUUGCGUUACAAUCCUUGCUGUUUGUUUAUAAAGUUUGGUACAUUUUCA